GGUCGUAGAAGCAACCACAGGAUUGGUCUCUGAGCGGUCACGUGGGAGGGGCAUUCUCCUGUCUCCUCCUUCCCCCCAUCCCGCGUGCGGGCGUGUAAGCCGACGGUAGGGGUUUCCUCCUGCGUCGUCUUCUCGGCCGGCGCCUGGAUGCUGGGGCGGCUUCUCCGGGCGAGCGCCAGAGCGAUGUCCGGCGGGAGACCUGACUCAGCGCAGGCGCGGAACCACCGCCCUCCGAAGCACCUGCGGGCGCGGGAGAAGCGCUUGGGGCCGGAGGGGUCCUUGGAGGCCUCGAAGCUCCGAGGCCCCGCCACCGUCUUCGUCCAGGUGGUGGCGGCGGGGACGCGAGAUGCCGGAGCCGCCGUCUACGUCUUCUCCGAGUACAACCGGUAUCUUUUUAAUUGUGGAGAAGGAGUACAGCGCCUUAUGCAGGAGCACAAGUUAAGAAUCAGCCGCUUAGACAAUAUCUUCAUCACCAGAAUGAAUUGGGCAAAUGUUGGUGGCUUGUCUGGAAUGAUUCUUUCUUUGAAGGAGAUACAAAUUCCAAAAUGUGUGGUUUCUGGACCCCCCCAACUGCAAAACUACCUGGAGGCAAUCAAAGGAUUUUCUGGUUCAUUGAAAGGAAUAGAAUUAGUUGUGCAGCCUCAUUCUAAUUCCGAAUACCAGGAUGAAACUAUGUCUGUCUAUCAAGUUCCCAUAAUAGGCAAAAUAUCUAGAGAUGAGCCAAGGCCGCAUCCAAACUCUCCACCACCUGUGGAUAGAGUUGAGAAAAAGCAUGUCUCGGGACGAAAAUCUCCUUCUGUGGAGCAGCAGUCCUUAAAGAGCUACAGUGUUUGUCAGAGAGACCCAUCUCUUGUCGUGGCAUUUAUCUGCAAGCUUCAUCCAAAGAAAGGACAAUUUUUGGUGCUCAAAGCGAGGGAUCUUGGUUUGCCUGUAGGCACUGCAGCAAUAGCUCCCAUAAUAGAAGCUGUGAAGGAUGGAAAGAGCAUCAUGUUUGAAGGCAGAGAGAUCUUGGCUGAAGAGAUUUGUACACCCACAGAUCCAGGUGCUAUCUUCAUUGUAGUGGAGUGUCCUCAUGAAGAUUUUGUAGAUGCCGUCUGUGAAAAUGUUACGCUGAAAGGGUGCCAAGAAGGGACGCAGGAGAAGCCAGUCGCUUUAGUGAUCCAUAUAACUCCAGAAUCUAUUCUACGGGACAGUCGGUAUAAGAAGUGGAUGGAGAGGUUUGGACCAGACACUCAGCACUUGAUUCUGAAUGAGAAUUGCCGCACAGUGCACAAUCUCCGUAGCUACAAAAUUCAAACCCAGCUCAACCUCAUCCACCCUGAGAUCUUUCCAUUGCUCACCAACUACCAAAGCAAGGAGGAAGAGGCUGUGUUUAACAUCCAUGCGACGCGAGGUGAAUGCCUCCUCAAAUGCCAGCUGAGGCCCAAACUUGAAUGGCAGAGGGAGGCUGUUACUGCAUAUAAUUCCUCUGAAUUUGUAGCUGAAGCCUUGGAGCUUCCUGACUUCCAAGAUUGUGUCCAGAAGUGCAAAGAGAGUUUACCAGCCAAGCCAUCUUCAGGAAGUGCAGACUGCUACCCAGAAGUUGUAUUCUUAGGAACCGGCUCUGCAGUCCCAAUGAAAAUCAGGAAUGUGAGCUCUACUCUGAUAAACGUUAGCUCUACCCAGUCUUUGAUUCUGGACUGUGGAGAAGGGACGUUUGUCCAGCUUUGCCACCACUAUGGAGAUGAAAUUGACAAAAUUCUCUGCAACAUUGAUGCUAUAUUUGUGUCUCAUAUACAUGCCGAUCAUCAUACGGGUUUGUUGAACAUCUUGUUGCAGAGACAUCGUGCAUUUGCAACUCUUGGUAAACCUUACAGCCCAGUGCUGCUAAUAGCUCCUACUAUCCUUAUGGCAUGGCUGAAUCAAUACAGUGAUCAUUGCCAAGAAAUCCUGCAGCAUUUCAAUUUGAUUCCUGCCUGGUUAUUAAAGGAAACAUCUGAUGUCUCCAAGCAUAAAGCAAAACAAUUUAUUCAUCAGCUCUUGGAGAAAUAUGAUUUAACACAGUUUCAGACAUGUGAUGUCCGACACUGUAGGAAUGCCUUUGGCUGCUCUAUAGUUCACAAAUCUGGAUGGAAAAUAGUCUAUUCUGGUGACACAAUGCCCUGUCCGGCUUUAGUUGAAAUGGGAAAAAAUGCUACUUUGUUAAUCCAUGAAGCUACACUGGAGGAUGAUUUGAAAGAAGAAGCUAUAGAGAAGACACAUAGCACUACCUCCCAGGCAAUAAAAGUUGGAAUGGACAUGAAUGCAGAGUUCAUCAUGCUCAACCACUUCAGCCAGCGCUAUGCCAAAAUACCACUUUUCAGCGAUGACUUCAGUGAGAAGGUUGGAAUUGCAUUUGAUCACAUGAGGGUGCGUUUUCAGGAUUUUGAUGUGAUUCCAAAACUGCUCCAACCCUUGAAAGCCUUGUUUGCAGAUGAAAUUGGAGAGAUGGAAGAACGGAGGGAGAAACGGGAGCUGCGUCUUCUGAAAGAGGCAAUAAAAGCUUCUGAGGCCCUGGCUGUUCUUGAUAACAAGGGAUUAGCCAAAACGAAACUGGAACAUGCAGAGAAUUCUCAUGAGACACCAAAGAAAAAAAUCAAAACUGCCAGCUGACGGAGCUGCAAAAAGCUGUCUUUGUGCCUUUCUACCAGGGAAGCUGAUUUAUGUGUGUGGCAUGAUAGGACCACUGCUAAAAAGAUUCUAGGAGACCUUGGUACAUUUGAGUUUCUCUGGAUUGUUCCCUCCUCCUGCCCCCAGAAGUACCUCUGCUGCUUCUACAAGUGGGUGAACCAGUUUGCAUAACAAACCUAGCAAAAUGUGCUUCCUGGCUACAGUACCUAGGAACAGGGUCUGUUCUGAUGGUUUGUCUCCCUAUUUGUUGGUGGGGGAAGUAUUCUUUUUUUAAAAAAGAAUCUAUGACACGAAACAGUAAAAAGCAAGAUUUGGAUGAAUGACCAUCAGGUGACUUUGGCUUUCCAUUAUAAGGGAGGCUACUGUUGACUUCCUGAUUCCUUAAAUAUUUAUUAGUUAUGGGGAAGGGAGAACACUUCACAAUAGAAGUUGUGUUGUGUUAUAACCAAGCAUGACACUAGGGUUAAUACUGCAUAUUUUAGAUCAGUCUUGCAAUACUUCUCAGUGCUUUAUUUUGCAGCAGAUGUUGCAAGUGCUUUUUACUUGCAGUUUUUUUUUUUAAAAGAAAUCAAUUCAGGGAACCAAUAAAUAGAAUUUAUUGAUGACACACAGUGUGUGCAUGCUGAUGCAGACAAAUGAACUAUUUGUUUACUACUGCAUAGUAAAAUAUAUUAGGAAUGGUACUGUG